GUAAAAGAAACAAAGGGAAAGGAAACCUACAAUACAAAACAAAACAAAACGAUGUCGUGUUCCGUUGCCGUAUCUAACUCUCCGGUGUUUUCUCCGUCGUCGUCUAUCUUCUGUAACAAAACGUCGAUCCUCUCUCCGUCAGCGGAAGCUCGGAAUUUAACGUUGACUCACCUCAAACCUUCGUCUUCUUCAGCUUCUCCGUCUGCUUCUUCGCCUUUCAGGCUCCGGCUUCAAAAGCCACCGCCUUUGUCUUUGCUGUCUUCUUCUGAUGUUGGUUCAUCAGCGCCAUCGCCUUCCUCGAGUUCCGAUUCGACUGCAGGCCUGGGACCGGGAUCGGUUUCAACGAUCUUGAAGAGGAAGAGACCGGCGAGGCUGGAUAUACCGGUUGCCACGCCGGGUAUGUGUUUGGGGAUUCCGGCGAUGCUGUGUGAAGCCGGGAGAGAGUUGAAGAGCGAGGGAGAUGGUUAUUCAGUUUAUUGUAAAAGAGGGAGGAGAGAAGCAAUGGAAGAUAGGUUCUCAGCUUCUGUUGAACUCCAAGGAGAUUCCAAACAGGCAUUCUUUGGUGUUUUUGAUGGCCAUGGAGGUGCUAAAGCUUCAGAAUUUGCAGCCCAGAAAUUGGAGAAGAACAUUUUAGAUGAAGUUGUUAGAAUUAAAGACGAAACCGCUGUAAAGGAAGCUGUUAAACAAGGUUAUUUAAAAACUGAUGCCGAGUUUUUUAAGGAAGAUGCCGUUGGUGGUACAUGCUGUGUGACAGCUUUGAUCCGAAACAGAAACCUUGUUGUAUCUAAUGCCGGUGAUUGCCGUGCUGUUUUGAGCAGAGGUGGUGCAGCCGAAGCUCUCACCUCCGACCACCGACCUUCGAGGGAGGACGAAAAGAACAGAAUUCGGAAUUCGGGUGGCUAUGUGGAUUUAUGCCGUGGUAUUUGGAGAAUCCAUGGUUCUCUGGCUGUCUCCAGAGGGAUUGGAGAUCAUCACCUUAAACCGUGGGUGAUCGCCGAGCCGGAGACAAAGAUCAUUAGCAUCGAACCUGAGUGCGAGUUCCUAAUAUUAGCCUCGGACGGCCUAUGGGACAAGGUUAGUAAUCAAGAGGCAGUUGACAUCGCUCGCCCUUCAUGUAUAGCCAUCGAUAAACCAAAUCCAUUGUCUGCUUGUAAGAAACUCGUCGACCUUUCCGUUUCGCGAGGAUCGUCCGAUGAUAUCAGUGUGAUGCUCAUUCAGUUGGGGCACUAUGUUUGAUAGUCUUAAUACAACUCAUGGGAUUGGCAGCGUAACAUAAUAGAAUUAUUCAUUUAGAACUAAUUGUUGGAGGUGUUUAUGAGACAAGUAGGGUUUAGUCUGUUUAUUGACCAUUCAUUGUGGGGAUUUUUCAUAAUUCCCAGUCGCGUAUAUAUAUAUUUAACAUUCAUUAACACUUGGAAAUGUAAACCAGGAUGUUCUUUGUAGAAAUAACUAUCAA